CACUCAGUCAUUCUUUUCAGAAGCUUUUGGUACUCUCUCUCUCUUCGUUCCUUUACGCCAAUAUCUCCAACUAUCUCACACUCUUUAUUUCUUAAUCCAAACUCCUUCAAAACCACCGCAACCAUGAAGUUCCUCAACAUCGGUCUCGUCGCCCUCUCCUCGCUCCUCGCGACCACCUACGCGGCCCCGACCAACGGCCUGCUCCCCGACGUUGAGGUCGAGGUCCCCAAGGUCCCGGACGUCGCCGUCAACGUCCCUGAGGUCCCCAAGCUCCCCGCGCUCCCUACGCUCCCCAAGACCCCCGCAACCGAGAUCCUCGACAGACGCGGCAAGGUCGUCUACACCAAGGUCCAGGAGACCGUUGUCAUCGUCAAGAAGCACUGCGGCGCCAUCAACUCCACCGUCGACGGCGUCGCCGGUGGCCAGGUCACCGAGAAGAAGGAGGCCAUCAUCAAGCUCGUCAAGACCGAGGUCACCACCAUCAUCAGCCUCGUCCACAAGCUCGUUGGCGAAGUCAUCGAGCUCCUCGGCGAGUCCGUCGAGAUCGUCGGCGAGGAGAAGAAGGAGAUCAUCAGCCUCGUCCUCGAGCUCGUGUUCGACAUCAUCUACGCCUUGAAGAACGUCAUCAAGGUCCUCGGAAUCAGCAUCUUCGACCUCCUCGGUCCUCUUGUUUUCGUCCUCCUCUCUGUUGUCUUCCAGCUUCUCACCACUCUCAACGGCCUUGUCGACGGCCUCCUUGAGAUUGUCUUCUCCGUCCUUGGUGGCGUCAUUGGCCUCCUCCUUGAGGUCCUCAAGGGCCUCCUGCCCAUCGUCACUGGCCUCGCUGGCGGUGUCCUUGACAAGCUUAACCUUGGCGGUCUUCUCUGCAACCUCCUCUAAAUUGCCUCCGUCAGCACCACCACGUCCGACAACCUGAAUACCUUUUCGCCGCAUGGCGUGUAAAGAUUGCUUGAAGCGGCCAUGCAGCUAGCUGCCACGUCGUAUUCCUACUGCAGAUGGGCUACUCGACGACAAUAUAGUCCAGAUAGCACAACUAGUAAAACUUAAUUUCUCG